CAUUUCACUUUGAGGAAAAACACAGAGCAGGCAGAGCGGCCGCCGUUUCCAUCCUCCGGAUUGUGUGUGUUGACGGAAAAGCGGCGUGUUUAGCUCCACGAUGUCCGGGCACGGCCACGGUCACGGGCACGGGCACGGCUGCGGGUGCGCGGGCGAGCACGAACCCGCCGAGAGGGGCCUGGAGUACGGACUGUACCAGCGCAUCGACCUGGAGAAGCUGCAGUGUCUGAACGAGAGCAGGGACGGAGACGGAAAGCUGGUAUUCAAACCGUGGGAGGAGCGGAACCAGCGGGACAAGUUUGUCGAGAGCGACGCAGAUGAAGAGCUGCUGUUCAACAUCCCUUUUACAGGCAGUGUGAAGUUGAAAGGCAUCAUCAUCUCUGGAGAAGACGACGACUCUCAUCCAGCUGAGAUAAGACUGUACAAGAACAUCCCUCAGAUGUCCUUCGACGACACCGGCAGAGAACCCGAACAAGCCUUCAGACUCAACAGAGACCCUCGUGCUGAGCUGGAGUACCCAACCAAGAUUGCUCGUUUCUCCAGCGUUCAGCACCUCUCCAUCCACAUCUCCAAGAACUUUGGAGAAGAGAGCACCCGGGUCUACUACAUCGGCCUCAGAGGAGAAUACUCAGAGGCUCACAGACAUGAAGUGACGAUCUGUAACUACGAGGCAUCAGCAAACCCUGCAGAUCACAAGGUGGAGAGCAUCAUCCCGCAAACCAACUUCAUUUCCUGAAAAGCUUCAGAGAGUCGGGAGGAAGAGGAGGAGAGGUUUGAUACAUUGACACGAGUCGAAAAAGUCAAAGAUGAGUUCAACGCUGCGUACUGGCAGGUUGGUCGAGCUCAACCGGGACUGAGCACUGAAAUCUGAAGACCAGAGAGCUUCAGAUGUGUCUGGAAGUGCCACGUUGUUGCUGUUUUUCUGUGGCAAUAAAGAGUGAAGGCUUGAAGAAUGUCGGCAAAAAGCUUAAUAAAUGCAUGAAACAUUUGACACUCAGAUAAAGUCUGUUGUUAUCAGUAUAACCUGUAUACUCUGAUUCAUGUCAAAGAUACCCACCUCUGCAAUAAAGCUAAAAUAAAACACUGA